AUGUGUCACCGUAUUCAAGCGGAAGAAAUUGUUCGAAAAUUAAAACAAUUAUCAUCAAAAAUUCCAAAUAAUGAACAGGGUUUCCGUCGUGAUGUAUUUCAUGUCAUAUCGAAUGAACGAAAUGCUGAAUAUUUCGUUGAAGCAACAGAAUAUUAUUCUGAAGUUCAAUUUUAUCCCAAUUUCAAUAGUAUGAUGAAACUACGUGAAUGGAAAGUAUACAAAUUAUUAUCCUCAUUAUGUAAUCGAACAACAGAAGAUAUACCAGAACUGAAAUUCGUGGCACAAUACAAUUUAGAAAAAAGUCAAUUUGAAGAUGGUAGACCGACAUAUAUGUUUGGUAGAACAAAUAUGGAGGACGGUGAACAUGUUUCAAUUGUGAACUAUGAAAUAAAGCCUGGGCCAGAAUUCGAUGGAUACUAUCAAAUGAAAUUACUGGUUAUCAAAGAUUUGAAAUCAUUGAAAGGAUUACCAGUUUUGGCCAGAACAAUACGCGAUCGAGAAACAGGAAUUAAUACUGUUAUUGUCUACGGUCUUACACGGCGACUUCGAGAUAGCUUUGGUCUUGAAACCCACAAGGACAUGUUCUUUGAUGAUGAUCGAGUUACGAAGUUUGACACAAAAACAGGACAAAAAAUAUACAAAUCCGAUUUGUAA